GGGCACUGCGAUCACUAGGAUUUACUUCCUGAAACUGUUCAUGACAGAGAAGUGACUGUCUCCGAUUUGCCGCACCGGAUAACGAUGAGCCGAGACUACAGGAGAGGCAAGAUGAAGACAGACUAGACACCAAACGAACAGACCAAUCAUGACUGGAUGUCCCGUGACUUGGAUAUCCUCACACUAACUACCCACUGACCACAGACAAGGACAGGGGACUGACCAGUGGCAAUCUGUUUCAAUUUAUUUAUAACUGUGAUAUAAAACACAAACAUCAUGGGUUGUGUGCAAAGUAAGGAUAAGAGUAAUGCAUCAAAUAUUCAAUUUACGGACGUAAACAGUAAAGCAGCUGAAGAACCAUCUGAGGGUACCGAGAAAAAACGGGAACGCUACACAGAGGAUCCUACGAAAACCACCGGACGCCAAAAUAGUGAAGCGCCAACCCCAACAGCCCAUAAGGGACAGCUUCGAGCCUUGUAUGACUAUGAUGCCCGUGCAGAGGACGAUCUGAGCUUCAAGAAGGGUGAACUAUUGUUCCUGAUAGAUGACAGUGAUGCUGACUGGUGGCUAGCGAAGCACUCAGAUUCUAAAUGUAGUAACCAGGAAGGUUAUAUACCUCGUAACUAUGUGGCGAAGGAAGACACAUUGGAUGCCUAUGAGUGGUUCAUGGGUAGUCUGUCCAGAAAGGAGAGUGAACGACUCCUUCUGGGGCAUGGAACUGAACCUGGCUUCUUCUUAAUUAGAGAAAGUGAAACUAGCCCAGGGAACUAUGUGCUGUCUGUACAUGACCAUGAGGCCACCAAAGGGGACACAGUCAAACACUACAAGAUCCGCAACAUGGAUGAAAACAAAGGCUACUACAUAGCAGCACGAAGGGUGCUGGAAAGUCUACCGGAGCUUAUAAGCCAUUACUCAGAAGGACCAGAUGGACUGUGUCGGAUGCUCACAAAAUCAUGUUCGAAACCUAAACCGGUUAUGGAUGACCUAUCCCGUGAAACUAAAGAUGCCUGGGAAAUUGGUAGAGACGCAUUGGAGUUUACAAAGAAGCUGGGCGCAGGACAGUUCGGAGAAGUUUGGAAAGGGACCUGGAACAAGACAACAGAGGUAGCUAUAAAGACUCUGAAAGAAGGUGCCAUGACACCAAGUGCCUUCCUGGCCGAGGCUCACAUCAUGAAGCAAUGCAAACAUGACAAACUGGUGCGUCUGUAUGCCGUCUGCUCAGAUGUGGAGCCAAUCUACAUUGUCACCGAGCUCAUGUCUAACGGCAGUCUGCUCGACUACCUACGAGAGGACGAGAGACAGCUCAUCAAGUUUCCCCAGCUGGUUGACAUCUCAGCACAGAUAGCCAGUGGAAUGUCAUUUUUAGAAGAAAGGAAAUUCAUCCAUCGAGACUUGGCAGCCAGGAACAUUUUGAUUGGUGACAACAAUGUUGCCAAGGUAGCUGAUUUUGGAUUGGCUAAAAUUAUAGAGGAUGACGAGUACAACCCUAAACAUGGUGCGAAGUUCCCAAUCAAGUGGACUGCUCCAGAGGCAGCUUUGUUUGGGCGGUUUACAAUCAAGUCAGAUGUCUGGUCAUACGGCAUCCUCCUGGUUGAGAUAGUGACACACGGCCAGGUCCCAUAUCCAGGAAUGCCUAAUCGAGAAGUCCUAGAGCAGGUAGAACGAGGAUACAGGAUGGCCAAGCCACGCAACUGCCCGGAGUCCAUGUAUGAAAUCAUGAAGAAAUGCUGGGAUAAGGUUUCACAAAACAGACCAACUUUUGAGUACCUCUACAAUUUCUUUGACGAUUACUUUGUAUCCACUGAACCAAACUACAAGGAGUCGGACGAAUUCUAAUGAUGGCCAGAGUUCGGUAGUUAAAUAUGCCCAACCAUGGGAAGGGAGGUAAUAAACAAGUUUGUAUGUGGCUAUAGAUUCCAGUCCAUGGUGGGCAGACAACUUACAAGGACAAUCGUUCAGAAAUACAAGACAAUUAUUGACACUGAUAGCAAUAAAAGAUGGUCAGCUGAAAGCUUGACCUUGAGAGUGAUUGACGAUAAAACACCUGGAUCAGGCUGUGAAUCUGCAGUUGAGAAAAUCAAAGAAUUCUUUUCAUGAAUUUUCUAUUAAAUUGUAAAUAAAGAACUUGAGAUUGACUGGAAAUGAAUUUUUACAUUUGAAAAAAAAAAAUCUUCAGCUGGACAAUUAUGAUAAAUUGUACAUGCACAUGGAUGAAUAUGAGGCAGAUUUGAAUAAUUUUGAAUCCAUGUGUAAAAGGUGAUAAAACAUUCCAAAUACAGGUGCGGCAAUACAGGUGUGCCAAAAUAGGUGUACAAUGUGUUAGGAUUGUGAGAUUCUUGCGUGACUUAACUUGAAGUUCAGGUAUCUGAACCGGCUUCGUAGGUGGAGGGAUCAUGGCUAGGCUAUCACUUCCAUGCUUCAAGUGUCAAACUCCAUCCAUCUAGUAGGAUCAGAUAAGUAUUAUAUAGAACUUCGGUAUGAAACAUUGAGUGACAUUCAAGCUUUAAGAUAAAGCAAUACAAGUGUCAUUCAUUUUACUAUUAGUGUAUGUUUAGAUAGACAUCCUUCACUAUUGAUAUUGCUUCAAUUCAUGAAACAAAUUUGUUACUAUUUGAUAUAAACACAUAAACAAUGAUUUAUGAUAAUUUAUGAGGAUAUAUAAUGGUUAACAUAGCAGUUCAUGCAAUAUUUGAUUACAUGUGCAUGAUUAAUUCUUUGAUAUUUUUCUUAUUUCUGUAUAUACUUAAACAAACCCAUGAAGAGUGACCGACUUUUUCUGAUGACCAACAUGAAAUUUGUUCGAAUCAAUGAACAAAAGAGGCUUAAUUUAUUGAUAGAGAAGGGUAGGAAAGGGUAACUUAGGCUUCCAUUAUGGUAAAUUCAGGAUGUAGUUCACAGUGUUAGAAACUUGAUGUAUCAAUCUCAGUGCUGGUUUGGUAGUCUUGAUCACAAGGAUGUUUUGUCUACUUGGAAAUUUAUGAUAACACAAGAUUUCCUCAUACAUAUAGUCCUCAAAGUUAUUUUCAUUAUAAUGUAAUGUAUUCACCAAACAUGUGUGAACAACAUUUACAGAAUGCUUCCUGUAGUGAUUAAGUACCAAACAGUCUUGACAAAAAGAUAAGUAAGCAGUUUCCAAAAUAUUACAUUAGAAAGCCUACUGUGUCUAACUGCUGAUGGCAGCAAACUUUAAAGUGACCAAGACUUUUUCUGAAGGUUUGAUUGUAAGAAGUUGCCUCAUGUCACUAUGGUCAUGUACUCAAUAUUAAGGUGCUCUGGAUUUAUAAAUUGCAAAAGUUUGAUUUCAGUUCGGUGCCUUUUUUGUUUUCUGCGAUAACACACAUAAUUCUGUGCCAAUUGUCCUGCCCCUUGUGGAGGUACUUAGCUGAAGUUUUAGAAAUUUAUUUACCUUGAAUUUUGCGUCAACUGAGUAAUCUGAAAUUGCUUCUGGUUGAUCACUGAAAUUCUAAAUCAUUGAUUGGUUUAAGGUGAAACCUAAGCCUGAGUGAUAUGUAGAAGUCAGUAUGAGAUUAAAAUGUUUGACAAGGUCAAGGUAAAACUCCGAGGUGAUUGGCUUAAAAAAAUAGUUUUAUUAUCAUUGAUUAUACAGUACUAUACUUGAUUACCUAUAAGUGGACCAAAGGAUUUUUUUUAAUAUUGUAAAAUAAUUAAGUGCAUAUUUUUGUAUCAUUUUACAUUUUUUAUAUAUAUAUGUUUUAGUGCAUAAUUCAUUCUUUGUGUAUAUAUAAUGUAUAUAUUGCCUUUCAUGUUUAUGUGUUGUUUUAGAAAUAGAAUGAUUAUAAACAGACUAAUACACAGCAUACGAACAAUGUCAAAAACUAUAUAACCUAUACUACAUAUAUUUGUAACCUUACUGUUCUUAUACUGUUAUCCUUAUACAAUGUUAUUUUCCAUGUCGUUUAAUCCAAGUCAGGUGUGAGGAAUAUUCACACCUGUAGUUAGGUGGUGUGUACGUUGUUCCUAAUCAAAUUAAUGUCACGUGACUUCUGCUUAAAAGGCACAUUGCUAGUACAUUUAAUUACAUGUAUUUAACAGAUUUUGUAUUUUUUUUAGUCUUAUCAUAAUGUACAAUGUCAAAUAUUAAAAAAACAGGUUUGUAUAAUCUCAUUAUAUUGCCACCUGUAAACUUUUGUCAUUUUAAAAGGGUUCGGUGAUAAUUCGAGCGAGACAUAUGAAUGCAUUGUUACAAUAAAAAGGAUAUAUGAAAUAUGUAGAAGGUAACAGAAUUGAUAAGAGGUAGAGGAUUAGGACACAUCAUAGAUUCAUCAUAAAAUACAUUUGCAGGUAGUGAUGCACCUAAAGUACAGCAGCCUGUAGUGGUAUACACACAAGUCUUAGUACACACCAUUUGUCUGGGGUUCUUUUUUUGUGUAAAAAUGAUACUUCUGUACUUGUAUAGAGUUGUUCAGUUUCAUCUGAUGUUACCUGGUGAUCCUAGAAAUCCUGUAGUUUGAAAAAAACAAGUAAGAAAUAUGUUGUAUGUGUUGUUAAUAAGGUUAAAAAACAUCUCAGACUUUUAUACUUUAUAAAGAUAUGUCAAUGUUUUAUGCAUGCUUGAUCUUAACUUAAUACAUUCCUAUGUCUGGCAAACAUUCAGGUGAUGUUAGUAGUGUCACCUGUGACCAGCUUGUGGAGAUUAGAUUUUAAAUCUCUUAUUAUCUUUCCGUAGUACUGCUUAUAAAUUCAGUUGACAUCUCAAGAGCAAGAAAAGUGGGGGGAAAAAAGCAAUGUCAUGUAUUCUAUUUGAAAGCGAUUAUUUGUAGUUAAGGCAUAUCCAUUCUUUUUAUUAAUUUUUGUUUCUCCAAAAGAAAGAAGAGGAUAUGUUUUGUUUGAAACAAUAAAAACUAACAUUGUGGAUUUUUUUUAAAAUAUUUUAUUUUACUGAUGACACAAAGCACAAAAAUAUAGUGUAUACCAUAUUUACCUUACAUAAUCCCCAAACUACAGGUAAGCAAUAUAUUCAGCACAAGAAGAUGAUUCUUUGUCAGAGGUGACCUAUUCCUUUUGUAUCAAACAGGAUAUUCCAGGUUAUUUCCUUACCACACUGUUUAACACUGGGAAUGUGGAGUACGAAGUUCAAUGAUUCGUGUGCGUAUGGUGUGAUUGUAUGUUUUUUUCAAUUGUAUAUAUAAAUCUUCUUAAUCCAUUAAGACAAAAGUGUUGAUAUAAUUUGUAGCACCUGUUUAUUUAUACAUCUUCAUGCUUACUGCUUCUUAGUAUUGUGUGUUAUUUUGUACACAAGGUCCCUUAGUAAUCCCCUGACCAGGGAGUACAAGUCACUCACUCACAUUCAUGUGCUGUUCAAGAGAGAUUACUCAGAACAGUCUACAGGAUUAAAACUCUUCAUUCACUAUCAAACAAAACUAGUUUAAGAGCUCGCCCAAAUAAAGGCUCAAAAUUUGUCUCAAGAGAUGGUCUCUUAAAUAUAACUGUGCAUUCAACUGUUUUAUAUGAAUGAAAACAUUGUGAUAUCUUUAGUGAGAGGAUUGCAUAGUAGGGAUGGUCUCCUGACCCAGUUUCAAAAUAGGUAGAUUUGGCAGAAAUGCCUGUAGAAAGUUUGAUCACAGCCCAUGAAUGAUCUGUGAGUGAUACUACAAGUUAUAGAGUCCUUUACUGGCCGUCUUGAGAACUGUAGAGGGUCAGUGAGAUAUACAUGUAAAAGGACUGAGGGCAUAGACCUUGAACCUUUUACUUCUUACUGAGCAUCUAUUGUUAUAAACAGGGCCUGAUCAUAUAAAAAAAACAUUGGACUGAGGACCCUUUUGUUGGAAAUAAAAUAUAGUUUAGAGCUGACAAAUUGUGACCCUCAUAUUUGUCUCUUUAAAUGAAACAGAUUACACAAUUCCUCAAAACUUCUUUUAUGCUUUUUCUACUUGGUAGUCCUUCAUAACCUUUACGCUGAUUAGAUAUGUCUUUUAUGUCUUUGUUGACUAACCAAUUAGCUGUGUUUGAAUCCAGACAUAGGGGAGGCAACUCUCCUUAAUACCGAGUAACAGAUAUGGACAAAAGCAUAUAAAAUUACUUUUUGUUUCAGCAUUUUAGCUGUGGGCUUAGGCACCGCAAAUUUGAUUAUGACAGUAUACAGAAAAUUAGGGGGUCACUCUUUGAUAGUCACUCUUUGAUAGUCCGAAUUAUUCUGACAUUUUAUCGAUUUUUUUGAUAUCGGUUAAUCGACGACAGACCGAUAUAUAAAUAAAACGUCAGAAUAAUUCGGACUAACCCUUUUGAUAGCUCUAAAUCAGUGAUUUCCAUAUAUUCUUGUCCUAGGUGUAAUUAUUUCCCACUGCUGCUAAAUAACCAUUGACAAAUAUUGCUCAUAUUUCAUUUAUGUCAUCAAUAAAAACAUUCAACCAUGAA